GUUGCGUUUGCGCGCGAACUGUAAGUACGUGGGUCUCGGGGUCAGGUCUUGGCUGGUCGCGGUGCAGGUCCCUGGGGGAGGCGACAAGACCACCGGACCCAGCCACCUUCGUCACCCUGUCAUGGAGACCUCAGCGCACAAGCAGCAGCAGCAGCAGCCCGAGGCGGGCAAGAUCAGGAACCUGCCCUGGGUUGAAAAGUACCGGCCACAGACACUGGAUGAUCUCAUUUCUCAUCAGGACAUCUUGAGUACCAUUCAGAAGUUUAUCAGUGAGGACCGCCUUCCGCACCUCCUUCUCUAUGGUCCUCCAGGGACGGGAAAGACAUCCACCAUCCUGGCCUGUGCUAAACAGCUGUACAAAGAGAAGGAAUUUGGCUCCAUGGUCUUGGAGCUGAAUGCUUCAGAUGACCGAGGAAUAGAUAUCGUUCGGGGACCAAUCCUGAGCUUUGCUAGCACAAGGACAAUAUUUAAGAAAGGCUUUAAACUAGUGAUCUUGGAUGAAGCUGAUGCCAUGACUCAGGACGCCCAGAACGCCUUGCGGAGAGUGAUUGAGAAAUUUACUGAAAAUACCAGAUUCUGCCUCAUCUGUAACUAUCUGUCAAAGAUCAUCCCCGCCUUGCAGUCCCGGUGUACAAGGUUCCGACUCGGUCCCCUGACCCCCGAACUCAUGGUUCCCCGCCUGGAACAUGUCGCAGAAGAAGAGAAAGUUGACGUAAGUGAAGACGGGAUGAAAGCGCUCGUAACUCUUUCCAGUGGAGACAUGCGAAGGGCUCUGAACAUCUUGCAGAGCACCAACAUGGCCUUUGGGAAGGUGACAGAGGAGACCGUCUACACCUGCACAGGGCACCCUCUCAAGUCGGACAUCGCCAACAUUCUGGACUGGAUGUUGAAUCAAGACUUCACCACGGCCUACAGGAAUAUCAUGGAGUUGAAAACUCUAAAGGGGUUGGCAUUACAUGACAUCCUGACAGAGAUACACCUGUUCGUGCACAGAGUUGACUUUCCAUCUUCAGUUCGAAUACAUUUAUUGACCAAAAUGGCAGACAUUGAGUACAGACUUUCUGUUGGCACCAAUGAGAAGAUUCAGCUGAGUUCCCUCAUUGCCGCCUUUCAAGUCACCAGAGACUUGAUUGUCACAGAGGCCUAGAUGCUGAGGACCACUUGCUGCCUAUUCUCAGGCCCAGCAGUGACUGGAGAGCAGGGGACACAGUCACCCCCAGUUUCGGAAAAUUGUUCCAGGUGUGGUUGGGCAGACAUGUACCCAAAGUACCGUGUUUGUGGCUGGUGGGAGCAGGGAUGUACAAAGCAGUUUUAAUGUACAGCUCUCUCACUGCACUGCCCAUUUGUGUUUUAUAAGGGGGGAUAAAAAAGCAAAACCUUUUUAGCCUUAAGGCUUUUACCCUUCAGCUGCCUGGAUGGUGGGAAAUGGGCUACCCCACUUGGAAUAACAGGCUUUCAAAUCUAAUACAGUCCAGGUGUCUUCCAACUCAAGGUAAAAAGAACAUCUUCAGAGUUAAGUUUGUAAAUCUAAUCUGUGGCGCUACUUUAAAUAGGUGUUAAUGGAUUUCUGGCCCAAACUAUUACACUGUUAUAAAGUGGACUCAAUUUUCUUUCUUACUUUAAAAACUGGCCUUUUUAUUUCUCCUUUUGAAGUAGAGGAGUUGCUAGCAGGUUCCCAAUUGUGGUGUGGACAGUAGCGAAAACAUUCAUUUUAAAUGAUGCUAUUGGGGCCAGAGGUCGUUCAGGACUGGCUUGUUUAACCCAACCCAGGGCACGUGAGACUAAGCCUGACUCUAAACCUGCAAGUGCUGAAAGGACUGACUCUUAUUUAAUCUAAAUGUAAUGCAGUUUAUCUGCGAGCAUUUGUGCUGCAUGUGUGAAGUGUUCUGCACAAUAAAAAUAAAGCAGCUUGCUUGUGUUACAAGUGUCUCCUCUUUCCUUAGCCAAUUAUACAGACGCAGACUUGUUCACCUUGCAUUUAUAUGAAAAAGCCUCCUCCGUCCCUGAUAUCAGAGAAUCAACUUUCUCUGGAGGCUGUUCUUUAUAAAGGUGUCCAAUUCUUAUCCUAUCAAAAGGGGGAAGUCGGUUAUGUGCGUCACACACAUAGGCCUCUGGCUGCCAAAGGCCGCGAGCAAAGUCUGAAGCUAAUGGCUGGGGGUGGGGUGAGGGGCUCAAGGAGGCGGCCCAGAGCCUCUCACACUACACUGUACAUGAUAUUUCAAGAUAACCACAAAACUUAAUUUUGCCCAAUCCAUUCCCAGCUGUCUUGUUGUACUCACUAGUUUUAAAAGGUGAUGUUGUUUUUUCCUUAAUGGAAAAAAUGAAACGGCAAGCCAAAAGCUUUUAGCUUUCUUUCCUUCGAUGAAAGCCUCUCAUCUUGAAAAGAAAUGUUUUUCUUUCAGCAACAAAGGAAGCAGAGGAGAGACUCCUCUGCUUUUUCAACACGUUUUAUCAUGGUACACAAGUCUCCACAAAGCACCUAGUAAGAAAGCCAAAGGAUAAGAUGUUGCAUUUCUUUUAAAAUAAUUUAAAAUAUAUUAAAUUUUCCAAAGGCAGAUUUUGUUUGAAUGAGGUGUCUUGAUUAGAUAACUAUACGCCACGAAGAACAGUACUUUUAAGGAGCUAGUUGUGUUUAGGGGCAGAGUUGAGACUGGCUGAUGAGUCCAAUGAGGUGAAGCAGUCAAGUCAGAUCUUGUACAGAAGAAAAUCAGCUGAAAUGAUGACACCAAUUCUUCACACAAUUAAGAGACAUCUUCACAACUGUUGGAAUUAAGUACUAUGGUUUUUAGAUACCAUUGAGAAAAACACAGUUGUACCUUAACAUCUGUUGAGAAAAUACAAAUAAAUAUGCUAACUGGCGAACAACUGACAG